AUGACUCAACAAUAUCAACAACAAGAAUUAACUGAAAAACAAAAAGAAUUAAUUUUAAGUACAGUACCAAUAUUAGAACAAGCAGGAGAAACAUUAACUUCAAAAUUUUAUAAUCGUAUGUUAACAAAUUAUGAUGAAGUUAAACCUUUCUUUAAUGAAACUGAUCAAAAAUUAUUAAGACAACCUAAAAUUUUAGCUUUCGCUUUAUUAAAUUAUGCAAAAAAUAUAAGAGAUUUAACUCCAUUAACUUCAUUUGUAAAACAAAUUGUUUCAAAACAUGUUGGAUUACAAGUUAAACCUCAACAUUAUCCAAUUGUUGGUACAUGUUUAAUUGAAACAAUGGUUGAAAUUUUACCAAAAGAUAUUGCAACUCCAGAAUUUAUUGAAGCUUGGUCAAUUGCAUAUGGAAAUUUAGCUGCUUUAUUAAUUGAUUUAGAAGCAAAUGAAUUUUCAAAACAACCAUGGCAAGAUUUUAAAAAUUUUAAAAUUACAAAAAUUGAACAAGAAGCAAGUAAUGUAAAAUCAGUUUAUUUUACUCCUGAAGAUGGAACACCAUUACCACCAACAAAACCAGGACAAUAUGUUUGUAUACGUUGGAAAUUACCAAAUUCAAAAUUUGAAAAAUCAAGAGAAUAUUCAAUAAGUCAAAUUCCUAAAAAUAAUGAAUAUAGAAUAUCUGUUAAAAAAUUACCAGGAGGAUUAAUUUCUACAUAUAUUCAUGAAGAAUUAAAAGUAGGUGAUACUAUAAGAGUUGCUCCACCAGCUGGUAAUUUCAAUUAUGUUGAAGAACCAAAAGAAAAAGAAAUGAUCUUGAUAGCUGGUGGUAUUGGUAUUACUCCAUUAAUUUCAAUAAUUGAAAUUGGUUUAAAAAAUAAUAGAAAAAUAAAAUUAUUUAAUUGUAAUAAAACAGUUGAUGAAAGACCAUUUAAACAGUUCUUCAAAAGUUUACAAGCUCAACACCCAGAAAAUUUAGAAAUUAUAGAAUAUUUAUCACAAGAUCCUGAUGCUAAACAACCAGAAUUUAAUAAAGUAUAUAAUAGAAAAUUUGAAUUAUCUGAUUUAGAUUUCUUAAACAACAAGGAAAAUGAUAACAAAGAUUAUGAAAUUUAUUUAUUAGGUCCAAAGGGAUUCAUGAAAUUUAUUAAAAAUCAUUUAGAUAAAAAAUUAAUUCCUUUUAAUUUUGAAUAUUUUGGACCUUUUGAUGUUGAAAAUUAG